GUUUAAAAGUUCUUGAUGAAAACUCUAAAUUCUGUGCUUCGACUGAAGAGUGUGGUGAGGCCUCAGUCAAUUUUGGAACCUCCCAAACCAUGGUUACCAGCAAGUGUUGCACCUCCAAUCUCUGCAACACCCAACCUGCCCCUGAACCCAGCAAAUCCAAUCCGAAUGGUAAAAUGUGCUUCUACUGUGAUGGACAAAAGUGCAACAACACUCUAAACUGUGAGGGGAAUCAGGACUACUGCAUCUCAACAACAGUGAAUGCAAAAGAACUAAAGGUGACCCUGAAGGGCUGUGCCUCCAAGAUCAUGUGCUCAAAGCAAACUACACAGACUGGAGGAGCCCUUGCAACAGAAAUUAGCUGCUGUCAGGGGAACUUCUGCAACAGCGCCAGCAGCACAAGUGCUGGCCUUCUGCUCCUGCUGGCACCGCUGGUCUCUUUGGUCAUGCUCUCCUAACUGGUGGAGACGGCAGCAUCACCACUCAGCUUUUCUUUCAUCUUUGCAUGGCCUCAUACUGCUGCUCACACCCUGGUCCCCAUCCUUUCAACCAAUGACUGAGAAAGUUUAGUAA